UGGGGUUAAUCUAGCCUUUUGGCACUUUCCCUUCUUCAUUCUAAUGUAUGCUUUUUUGUUGUUUGCACACGUAGUGCAGCCAUUUUAUAGAUAAUAAUUAAACUAACACUCGUGUUUGAAUCUUACAGACAAAAAGGAAGCCAGUAAGAGCCUUCUCAACAACUGAGAAUCUCAAGCAGCAUUAAAAAGGAAAGCAAAUCAGGCCAGCAAUCAAACCUUUUCCACCUUCUCCAGAGAACCCCAAAACUCUUCCUCCCCAGCAGGUGACAGACAAGGGAGGGAAAAACAGGAAGAGAAGUUUUGAGCUGGAAAAAAAUGAGUAUGUAUGUGGAACUCAAGGAAACAUUACCUGAAAAGCUCAAGGGGGACAAUUUCCAAAUUCAGAAAAAGAGGGAAAUCUGUGGAAGAAGCAGAGACUGUAGAUCACGGCUGAUUGUUCACAAGAGGAUCCACACCAGAGAAAAGCCAUACAAAUGCUCUGAAUGCGGCAAAAGCUUUACUUGGAACAGCUCCCUGGUCAUACACCAGAGGACUCACACAGGAGAGAAACCGUAUGAGUGUCCAGAUUGUGGGAAAAGUUUCAGUCAGAAUUCUCACCUGGUGAAACACCAGAGGACUCACACAGGAGAGAAACCAUAUGAGUGUCCAGAUUGUGGGAAAAGUUUCAGUCAGAAUUCCGAUCUGGUGAUACACCAUAGGACUCACACAGGAGAGAAACCGUAUGAGUGUCCAGAUUGUGGGAAAAGUUUCAGUCAGAAUUUCAGCCUGGUGAUACACCAUAGGACUCACACAGGAGAGAAACCAUAUGAGUGUCCGGAUUGUGGGAAAAGUUUCAGUCAGAAUUCCGGCCUGGUGAUACACCAGAGGACUCACACAGGAGAGAAACCAUAUGAGUGUCCGGAUUGUGGGAAAAGUUUCAGUGUGAAGUCCAUGCUAGUGAAACACCAGAGGAUUCACACAGGAGAGAAACCAUACGAGUGUCUGGAUUGUGGGAAAAGUUUCAGUGUGAAGUCCAUGCUAGUGAAACACCAGAGGAUUCACACAGGAGAGAAACCAUAUGAGUGUCCGGAUUGUGGGAAAAGUUUCAGUCAGAAUUCCCACCUGGGGAUCCACCAGAGGAUUCAUACAGGAGAGAAACCGUAUGAAUGUCCAGAUUGUGGGAAAAGUUUCAGUCAGAAUUCCGAUCUGGUGAUACACCGGAGGACACACACAGGAGAGAAACCGUAUGAGUGUCCGGAUUGUGGGAAAAGUUUCAGUCAGAAUUUCUGCCUGGUGAUACACCAUAGGACUCACACAGGAGAGAAACCGUAUGAGUGUCCAGAUUGUGGGAAAAGUUUCAGUCAGAAUUCCGGCCUGGUGAUACACCAGAGGACUCACACAGGAGAGAAACCAUAUGAGUGUCCAGAUUGUGGGAAAUGUUUCAGUGUGAAGUCCAUGCUAGUGAAACACCAGAGGAUUCACACAGGAGAGAAACCAUAUGAGUGUCCGGAUUGUGGGAAAAGUUUCAGUCAGAAUUCCAGCCUGGUGAUACACCAUAGGACUCACACAGGAGAGAAACCAUAUGAGUGUCCAGAUUGUGGGAAAAGUUUCAGUCAGAAUUCCAGCCUGAUGAUACACCAGAGGACUCACACAGGAGAGAAACCAUAUGAGUGUCUGGAUUGUGGGAAAAGUUUCAGUCGGAAAUCCAGCGUGGUGAGACACCAGAGGACUCACACAGGAGAGAAACCGUAUGAGUGUCCAGAUUGUGGGAAAAGUUUCAGUUGGAAUUCCGAUCUGGUGACGCACCAGAGGACUCACAGAGGAGAGAAACCAUAUGAGUGUCCGGAUUGUGGGAAAGGGUUCAGUCUGAAUUCUGGCCUGGUUACGCACCAGAGGACUCACACAGGAGAGAAACCGUAUGAGUGUCCGGAUUGUGGGAAAAGUUUCAGUCAGAAGUCCAGCCUGGUGAUACACCAGAGGACUCACACAGGAGAGAAACCGUACGGGUGUCCGGAUUGUGGGAAAAGUUUCAGUCAGAAUUCUGACCUGGUGAACCACCAGAGGACUCACACAGGAGAGAAACCAUAUGAGUGUCUGGAUUGUGGGAAAAGUUUCAUUCGUAAAUCCAACCUGGUGAUACACCGUAGGACUCACACAGGAGAGAAACCAUAUGAGUGUCCGGAUUGUGGGAAAAGUUUCAGUACUAGAUCACAGCUGAUUAUUCACAAGAGGAUCCACGCCAGAGAAAAGCCAUACAAAUGCUCCGAAUGUGGCAAAAGCUUUACUUGGAACAGCUCCCUGGUGAUACACCAGAGGACUCACACAGGAGAGAAACCAUAUGAGUGUCUGGAUUGUGGGAAAAGUUUCAUUCGUAAAUCCAACCUUGUGAUACACCGGAGGAUACACACAGGAGAGAAACCAUAUGAGUGUCCGGAUUGUGGGAAAAGUUUCAGUCAGAAUUCCGAUCUGGUGAUACACCAUAGGACUCACACAGGAGAGAAACCGUAUGAGUGUCCGGAUUGUGGGAAAAGUUUCAGGCGGAAUUUCUGCCUGGUGAUACACCAGAGGACUCACACAGGAGAGAAACCAUAUGAGUGUCCAGAUUGUGGGAAAGGGUUCAGUUUGAAUUCCGGCCUGGUUACGCACCAGAGGACUCACACAGGAGAGAAACCGUAUGAGUGUCCAGAUUGUGGGAAAAGUUUCAGUCGGAAUUCCCACCGGGUGAAACACCAGAGGACUCACACAGGAGAGAAACCAUAUGAGUGUUCGGAUUGUGGGAAACGUUUCAGUGUGAAGUCCAUGCUAGUGAAACACCAGAGGAUUCACACAGGAGAGAGACCAUAUGCGUGUCCGGAUUGUGGGAAAAGUUUCAGUGUGAAGUCCAUGCUAGUGAAACACCAGAGGAUUCACACAGGAGAGAAACCAUAUGAGUGUCCAGAUUGUGGGAAAAGUUUCAGUCAGAAUUCCCACCUGGGGAUCCACCAGAGGACUCACACAGGAGAGAAACCGUAUGAGUGUCCAGAUUGUGGGAAAAGUUUCAGUCAGAAUUCCGAUCUGGUGAUACACCAUAGGACUCACACAGGAGAGAAACCGUAUGAGUGUCCGGAUUGUGGGAAAAGUUUCAGUCAGAAUUCCGGCCUGGUGAAACACCAUAGGACUCACACAGGAGAGAAACCGUAUGAGUGUCCGGAUUGUGGGAAAAGUUUCAGUCAGAAUUCUGGCCUGGUGAAACACCAGAGGACUCACACAGGAGAGAAACCGUAUGAGUGUCCGGAUUGUGGGAAAAGUUUCAAUGUGAAGUCCAUGCUAGUCAAACACCAGAGGAUUCACACAGGAGAGAAACCAUAUGAGUGUCCGGAUUGUGGGAAAAGUUUCAGUCAGAAUUCCACCCUGGUGUUACACCAGAGGACUCACACAGGAGAGAAACCGUAUGAGUGUCCGGAUUGUGGGAAAAGUUUCAGUCGGAAUUCCAGCCUGAUGAUACACGAGAGGACUCACACAGGAGAGAAACCAUAUGAGUGUCCAGAUUGUGGGAAAAGUUUCAGUUGGAAAUCCAGCGUGGUGAGACACCAGAGGACUCACACAGGAGAGAAACCAUAUGAGUGUCCAGAUUGUGGGAAAAGUUUCAGUUGGAAUUCCGAUCUUGUGGCACACCAGAGGACUCACAGAGGAGAGAAACCAUAUGAGUGUCCAGAUUGUGGGAAAGGGUUCAGUCUGAAUUCCGGCCUGGUUACGCACCAGAGGACUCACACAGGAGAGAAACCAUAUGAGUGUCCGGAUUGUGGGAAAAGUUUCAGUCAGAAGUCCAGCCUGGUGAUACACCACAGGACUCACACAGGAGAGAAACCGUACGAGUGUCCAGAUUGUGGGAAAAGUUUCAGUCAGAAUUCUGUCCUGGUGAACCACCAGAGGACUCACACAGGAGAGAAACCAUAUGAGUGUCUGGAUUGUGGGAAAAGUUUCAUUCGUAAAUCCAACCUGGUGAUACACCGGAGAACUCACACAGGAGAGAAACCAUAUGAGUGUCCAGAUUGUGGGAAAAGUUUCAGUACUAGGUCUAUCCUUAUAGAACAUGUAGGUUUACACAUGGGAGAGAAACCAUUCAAAUGCCCAGACUGUGGACAGUGCUUCACAAACAAUUCCUACUUUAGCAGACACAAGAAAAUGCACAUAAGGCAGAAGAUGCUGAGUGUAGAGAAGGUUUGAAUUUCACUUCUCAUCUCCCAUUGGUCAUCCAGCUGAAAAGUUAAGUAUGUAAUUUCUGGACUGACUCUUUUUAGUUAUAUAUGUGUCAGUAUUAGACAUGGGGGAGCAGAGAAAAAAAAUGGAAAAUGUUAGUUUGAGAAAGGUUAAUUACAUGAACCUGGCUAUUAGCAGAAGUUUCUGGAAAUGUACUUUUCCAGAAAUAUUGCAAUUGUUGCAAAAAGGAUUUUUGGAGGUGGUAUUUGCAUAUUGAUCAUCAUAGAUCCUAGAAAUGUGACAUGCAGAAUUUCACCCUUCUUCAACCGGGGUUUCCUCCAGAUUCCGAGCCCCAGAUUU